AUGAUUUUCUUUCAUCUGGCACCGUUCUUCUUUCUCUUUGGUCUAGUAGUAUCUUCUCAGAACCCUACGGUGGACCUUGGCUACACAAGAUAUAAAGGCAAAUCUCUGCCCAAUGGUAUCAGUCAGUGGCUGGGGAUACGCUACGCGGCUGCACCUACCGGGUCUCUGCGGUUCUCUGCGCCACAGGAUCCUGACACGGUAGAUGGCGUUCAAGAAGCAUUCAAGCAUGGUCCCCGGUGUGUUCCCACCAGCCAAUAUCCCACUCCCGCAGGCACGUCCGAGGAUUGUCUCUUCCUCGAUGUAUACGCUCCCAGCUCGGUGGAAGCUACUACGAGGCUGCCCGUUUUCGUUUGGAUUCAAGGAGGCGGCUUCAAUGCCAACUCCAGCCCCAACUACAAUGGAACAGGAUUGAUCGAAGCGGCCAAUAUGUCCAUGGUGGUGGUCACCUUCAACUACAGGGUCGGUCCGUACGGGUUCCUCUCUGGAUCCGAGGUGCUGGAGGGAGGAAGCGUGAACAAUGGCCUGAAGGACCAAAUCAAGGUCCUGAAGUGGGUGCAAGAGCAUAUCAGCAAGUUUGGAGGCGAUCCCAGUCACGUUGUUAUCGGCGGCGACAGCGCAGGCGCAGCGUCUAUCACUCUCCAUCUUUCAGCCCACGGUGGCAGAGACGACGAACUAUUCCACGCUGCCGCCGCAGAGUCCCAAAGCUUUGCUCCUAUGUUGACCGUCAAUCAAAGCCAAUUCGCCUAUAACAACCUGGUCAUCCGCGCCGGCUGCGCAAGCGAUUCAGACACCCUCGCCUGCUUACGCCGACUAAACACCACAGAACUGCAGCGCAUCAACAUCAACACACCCUUACCCACCGCCCAACAAGCACCUCUCUACCUGUACGGUCCCGUCGUCGACGGCUCCCUCAUCCCAGACUACACAUACCGGCUUUUCCAGCAAGGCAAAUUCAUCAAAGUCCCCGUAAUCUUCGGCGACGACACCAACGAAGGAACAAUCUUCGUCCCCAAAACGACCUCCACCGUCGGCGAAGCCGACACCUUCAUCCAAGACCAAUUCCCCAACAUCAACUUCACCCACCUAACCAAGCUGAACGACUGGUAUCUCAAAGAAAACCAAACUCGCGAGUUCCCCAAUUCCUCCCCCUACUGGCGUCCCGCUAGCACCGCGUACGGUGAAAUCAGAUAUAUCUGUCCGGGGAUCUACAUGUCCUCUGUGUUUGCUAGUGCCGGUGUCAACAGCUGGAACUAUCAUUAUGCUGUGCAGGACCCCGCCGCGGAAGCCUCAGGCAGAGGUGUCAGUCAUACUGUGGAAGAAAAUGCCAUUUGGGGCCCGCAGUAUGUGAGUGGCACACCGCCGGCGUCGUAUCUCACUGAGAAUGCGCCAAUUGUGCCGGUGAUGCAGGGCUACUGGACGAGUUUCAUUAGAGUGUUUGAUCCGAAUCCGCUGAGGUAUCCGGGGAGUCCGGAGUGGAAGACGUGGAGUGAUGGACAUGGGGAGGAUUAUCGGCGGAUAUUUGUCCGCACGAAUGAGACGAGGAUGGAGACGGUGUCGGAGGCGCAGAGGGAAAGGUGCGAAUAUUGGAGUAGUGUUGGGCCGGACUUGUCGCAGUGA